AUGGUAGACGAGAAACGAAUUAAGGGACCAUUUCGAUUUGUAGGGUCCGAUUCGGUGAAUGACGCCGCCGACGGCGAAUCGGCGACGCCGCGCUGGGAGAAGGAGGACAUUCGCGAGUUGUGCCAGUUUUUGGAGCACGAGGUUGUCGGCGAAGAAGGCGACGAAUGGAUCAGAGGAAGCGAUUAUGAAGGCAAAUUGAAGAUGCGCGGAAUGUUUAUCACGUUUCGGCACGGUGAGAGAUCGAGCAUUGGAGACGUCGACGACAAAACCGGAUGUCUUGCGUCGCGCGACGCCGAUCGAAUCGCAUUCCAAAAUUACAAGCGUCUCAUCGACAGCGACGAUUUCCAAGUGACCGUCAAUAUUGAUGCGAAAGCGAAACAAUGGCGGAAAUAUCCAUUCGACGCUGAAUGCUCCGCUGGCAAUUUGACGGCGGAAGGAGCUCUCCAGCACGUGCGGCUCGGCAAAUUUCUACGCAAAAAAUAUUCGGCGUCGUCGCUUCUGCUUGAAGAGAAUCAGCGAAUUGUUGCCGAAAUCACCACGUCCAAUUAUUUUCGAACGUUUCAAUCGGCUUUGGCGUUCGCCUCGGAAUUCUUCUACAAACAAAAGGAGAUUUUCGCGCCGAUUCCGAUUCGGGUUUCGAAUUACUCGUUCCAAUGUCUCGACGCGUUCUGCGAUUGUCCGAUCGGCAAGAAGAUGCGUCUUCAAUAUGAGAAGGAGCAUCUCGAAGAGUUUCUGAGUCGAGCGUCGCCCGAAAUUAAGCGACGCGUUGAUGAGAUUCUCGCGAAUCAUGAAAAAUAUAAAUUCGCGAAAGAUCCGUUCCAGUUAAUCGACAUCAGUUUGGGACACUAUAUUUGUCGUAGAAAAACGCUGCCGUGUUUCGAGGAGAAAUGCAUUACCUAUGAAUUUUUGAAUCAGAUUGUGAACAUUUCGACGAUUCGCGGUGCUCGAAUGUUCGAUGAAACGAUCGGAAUCGCGCGACGCCUUCAAAUUCUCGAAUCCUAUCCGAUUCUCACUUAUUUGACGAUGGCGAUCGAGAGGAUUCGCAAAUUUCCGCACACAAAUUAUAUUCGCGUUUUUUCGGCUCACGACGCGGUUGUUGGGCCGAUUCUUCGAACUCUCGGAAUUCGAUUCAUCGAUCCGCCGCAUUACACGGCUCGAGUCGUUUUUGAGAUUUACGAGCAUUCGGACGAAGGUGUCUUCAUUCGGGUACUUUAUAAUGGAAAAAAUCGAAGCGAUGAAGUGCGAUUUUGUAAGAACGAUGACCUGAAAUUUGGCAUGUGUCGGGCGUCGGCGUUCGAGCGUUUCGUCGAAUCGGGAAUAUUCGAGUUGGCCAAAUGUAUUGCGCUAAUCGUUGUGGUCAUUCUGGUGCCGAUUAUUCUAAUUGCGAUUCUCGCCAGAGAAGUGCCGAAAGAUGAUGGCACGCGACGCGAAUUCGUUUUGGAUCAAUGCCAAUUCUACGAGAAGCCGCUUAGCGGCGAUGAAGGCGCGAAAAAGAAUUUGACGCUUCGCGGCGUUUUUAUGAUUUUUCGACACGGAAAAAAAAUUCUACCCGUGAAAAAUCUCGAAUGUAAUUCCCUUCGAAAUAAGCGCGAAGUGCGAGAAUUUGAAAAAUUCAAGAAGCUUCGAAAUGAUUUUGAAACGUCGGGAAUUUUCCAAAUCGGCGCGGAACUCGAAAAAUGGAAGAAUGAAAGGGAAAAAUCAAAUUGUACACAAGGCUUUCUCGCCAAGGAAGGUGUCAUCCAACAUCUCAAAUUGGGACGAUUCAUGGCAAAAGCCUACUCAAACUUUUUCGAAUCGGCAAAAUCGCCGAAAAUCAGCGCGCGAACAUCGAAUCUCGAGCGAACUUUCACGUCAGCCGAAGCGUUUCUCGCCGGAUUGCUGGAAAACCGGCAACUCAACGCGUCGAUUGAUAUAAAGGCCUCGAACGACUCGAAUUUGUGCGCCGACGAAUUUUGUCGAUGUCGAAAUUUCACCGAGAUCAUGCACAAACCAUUUCGCGAAAUGUACGAGAUGUUCGAGAGGAAGCCCGUCGAACGAUUGAAAUCGGCGAUUUCGGCAUUGGAAUUGAGCCAUCCCGAAAUUGGACGCGUGGGAACGCCGUUCAACUAUAUCGACAAAGCGAUAUCGGGAUUCGUUUGCCAUCCGCAAUGCGAUUUGCCGAUUUGUCGCGAUUAUUCGACGCUCUAUGAGAUGUAUGAAUAUGUUGCGGAAUUGUGGAAAUCGAAUAUCAAAAACGACGAGGGAAUCACGCGGAGAUUCAUCGCAAUGGCUGCGUAUCCGUUUUUCACAUACGUCCUCGACGGAAUGCAGAAUUUGGGAGAUGAGCGAGUCUUUAAGAUUUUCUCCAAUCACGACAUUUUCAUCGGCGCUCAAUUGUUCCUUCUCGGCAUCGAGCACAACGAGCCGGUGCCCUACACGUCGCGUUUGGUUUUUGAGGCUUUUGAGCACCCGAGCGGCUCAAUGUUUCGUGUUUUGUUCAACGGAAAAGAUUUCACGAAUAAAAUUGGAUUCUGCAAGGUGCUCAUUGAUGGUUUGUGCAAAGUCGACGAUUUUCGCGACUACAUGAAUCGCGAGUUUUUCGCAUUCGCCGGUUUUAAGACGAUGAGCGAUGUUUGCAAUUUGAGGAAAUAA